AUAGCGAUGUCACUAGACGAAAGAGUAGCUAGGAGUGUGGCCCUAGAGAAUGCCUACGUUCACGACGUUUACGAACAAUUUUAUGACAAUCCGCAGAGCAGACCUUGGCCUAAAGUAAAAUCUUUUCUGGAGAGCUUGGAACCAGGUGCCGUAGUAUGUGAUAUAGGGUGUGGAAAUGGAAAAUAUCUGAACCUGAACAAUACUGUUUUCAAUAUCGGAGGUGACAAGUCAUUAAGACUUACGACAGUAGCUAGGGAAAAAGAAAACGAGGUUAUCAUUCUGGACAAUUUGGCCAUUCCAUUUCGCGACGGUAGUUUGGAUGCUGUACUUUCAAUAGCCGUAGUUCAUCACUUAGCAACCACUGAACGUAGAAUAAAUGCAAUCCGGGAACUAGCUAGGGUUUUGAGAAUAGGAGGAAGAAUCAUCAUAUCAGUUUGGGCCAUGGAACAGACUCAUAGGAAGUUUGAGAGUCAAGACGUCCUCGUACCUUGGAGAAGACCAAAGAACCUGCUGAACACCCCUUCACUGGAGCUUACAUCUGCAACAUCCACAUCCGAAGAUGAUGGUUAUCUCCCAUACAGUGCAUAUACGCAAAAUAGUGAUACUGAAUCCAAUAAAUCCUUGAGGUCUAAGAUUAAUCUGAAGAGGCGCAAUAGAAGGCAGAAGAAUAUGAAUGCCGGUCGAAUCCUAUCUCCAAGCAGUUCUAGUUUAUCCAGUCCAAACGAAACUUGUUACAGCUUCGUUCGAAGGGCUCUGCAAAGGCUUGCUGGAGGUAGGAGGGUCAGUAUGCACAAGCCUUGGUUCUUGGAAAGCUGGACUGCCUGUCACAAAGAGUCUUCCACCAAACGAUUCGACCCAGGUGGGGUUCCAUCUUGUGAAUGCUGUGAUUGUAUGGACAACGUACAAGAUAUACCAAUAGAGCUCCGAAGGAUAGAUGAUGAGACUGUAAUGAUCGGCCAAAGGAGAAAAACGUUUCCAUCAUCACAGCUCAUAAAUGAUUUGCCGCAAGCCGGAUUCAAAUCUAGAAGCCUCAUCAACAUUAAAACAGCCGAAAAUGAUAAUAUUAUCAUCCUCGCACGUAACGAAGAUGAGCCUCCCGAAGAACCCAUCGAAAAUCACAACGAAAAGGAAAAGGCAAACAUAAAACAGGAAGUUCAAUCUGACGUUACAAGCCACCACCUUGGAAAGCCAAAACUCGUGAAACAGAAGAAAUCAGUUUGCGAAGAAGAUGCUGACGAGGCACUUGAUCAACCAACUGACAUGACAAACAUCGCUAGAACACCUACAAUAAAUCUUACCAAUCGAAGAAGCAGCAUCUUGAAGCAGCGUUCUCUAAACGAAGAAUUGAUGUCAGACAGAGUUCAAGAAAGAGAGAGAGUGAGGCGAAAUAUCCAGAAGCAAGUUUCUUUGAACGAAGAGCUCAUUUAUCAGAGACAUACGUUCGAAUCAUUCAAAGAUUCUAUACUGUCGGUUUCGAGUUCUAAGAGGUUUCAGUUGAUCAAGACUGGAUUCACUAAUAAGUUCAAGACCUCCACCAAUAACAUAGAAAAGGUAACAGGACAGUCUUUGAGGAAUGGAUUUGCCAGAAUGUUUCAAAAUUGGAAAAGUUCAGAAGCUUCUACUCCACUCACUCCUAAAGAUAUUUCGGAGAGCAAAGUAAACCCAGGAAACGAAGAAGGACAACAGAAGGAGCCUAUAGAAAGGAGGUCUUCAAAGGAAGAUGGUUCGGAUAGCUCUAAGGAUAGUAGUUUGCAGAGUGACACAAGCGUUGAUUCUGAAGAUUCUUUCGCAUCUGUUAUUUUCGUUCCCAAAUCUAACCCUAUGUCGCCGACUCUUCUUCCUUCUGAUCCCACAUCACCAAAAGUUAAGACUUCAUCGAUGCCGUCAUCCCCAAAACUCAGGCAAUCUUCUUGUCCAACAAGUCCGAGAAUUAAACAUAUGCCCCUCGCAGUAUAUCCACUAACAAAACAACUCAGCUCGCCAAAACCAACAACUAAGCAGGAAUUCUUGGAAAUGCCUCUCUUCGGGGACAGGAAUACACUAGCUGUAAAGAAGCCCCCAGAGAGGUGCAAACCAUUAGCCAACAAGUAUACAGUCGUCCCCAUACCUGAGUUCAAGAAAGUCACAUCACAUUGUCGAAACCCUUCGCCGAAUUCAGCAACAAUCCCAACGCCAAAAUGCCAAGUCAGUCCUCCUAAGCAAAUGACAGUUGACGAAGAAAAAGUCAACGAAACAAAAACGGAACGACUGAAAAGAAUCCGAGAAAUGCUGAGUCAGAGUCCGGGAUUCGCUUUGAAAGCAAACAGGGCGAACUUUCCGCUCAUCAGACAUUCCUCGGCAACUGAUGGAAAGGUGACAGCAGAACCACUCCCUAAACUGAUAUCACUUGAGCUCUUCAACCCUGAAACUGACGACAAAGAUAGUGAUUCGAGCGCCAUAUCUUCUCCAGAUUCUGUUGAUAGCAUAGUUAGCGUGAAGUCGGACCAAAGAAGGCCGGUAGAAGAGGAGAGUAGGUUCAAAUUUCCAACUUACAAGAACACGAAGCAGAGUAAGCUUUUAGAAGCGGCAGCUGGAGUUGCGAGCUCCUUAGAUGAAGCUGUCACAAAGGUUAUCAAAACAAGCCCAAAAUUCAGUAAGAGACAGGUGCUUACAACCGAUGUUAUGUCUGUGAUAAAGAGAUCUUAUUCUUUUGAAACUACACCCCUGGUCCCUAAUGAUAACACUGCAAACCCUUGGAAGGAAGAUAGCAACAACGACCACCUCAAAGAUUUCGCUGAAAAACUCAGCGAGAAGCUCCUGAAAGAGAUAGACGAAUACCAGAAGAAAACCAAAAGACAUUUGGACAAUACUUCCCUGGAGAACAUCAACGAUCCCUACAUCCACAGGCUCAGUACCGAGUUGGAUGAUCUAUCAAAGCUCAGUGCUGAGAUUAAAAAACAGAACGAAUACUUGGCCAAACUUAGUUCUAGUGAGAUCCCUUUCAACCGUUGUGCUGUGUGUAAAAAAAACGAAUGUAAAUGCAGGUACAACCUGAAAUUUCGGACAAAAGUAGAACAUAGUGCUAAAAGCGAGCAAGAUACUGUGUCGGACGAUAAAACCAAAACUACUGCGGACAGUGCGAAGUUAGAUAGUUCGAAAUUCAACUCGACGAAUGAGUGUAUAGAGAUGGACAGAUGCACUCCAGAUAAGACAUCCACGAGUUCAGAGGGUGAUAACGUGUUAAGGUUCAACUGUAAGAAUUUCGUUAGGUUGGGAAAUUCAACUGACUCUUGUGAUUCUGAGAAAGGCAGCAGUACCACGUCCAUGGUAUCUAUGGUAACAAGCACAGCUACCUCCUUCAAUUUGCUCUCUGAGUCAUCUAUAGAUUCGAUGAGUUCAGAACGGACCAAUACCGAUUUCUUAGAAAGAGGCGAUGAACUGUCGUCAUCUGGUAGAGGCAGCAACGAAGGUAGUACAGCUUCACUAGCAUCCAUACCCGAAUCAUCAAUUACUCCGGCAAAAAAUGGUUUCUUGAACCACCUAAAGCGGGAUAAAUGCAUCACAGGAUCAACAUCCAGCCUGGAAUCCUCCCCCAGGAUAGCGCCAAACAACAUAAAAGAGAAAACCUUGAGUAGUAGCACCUUCAGCGGCACCACAUCCCAAGAAUCGCUCGUCUCAGAAAACAUGGGGGGCGAGAUAACCUACCACCGUUACUAUCACGUCUUCAGGGAGGGUGAACUCGACCAACUUAUAGAGAAAUACGUCGAAAAUCUUCACAUAAUAUCAAGCUAUUACGACCACUCUAGCUGGUGCAUAGUGGCUGAAAAGGUCCAGGUGUGGACCAUCUGACGAGUAGACUUUCGAAAUCUUUUUGUUUGCAUAUUGAUCUUUGUUCUUUCGAAUUCAAUACUAAGUUUUUGAAGACUGAUUGUAGUUAUUUGAUCAUUAUAUUAUUCAACUUCGGGAAUGAGUGGAUUGCAGAUGUUUCUAGAAUUUACAUUUGGUGCUUGAAUUGAGCAAUAUUUAUG